UUCUCACUAAUUUUUUUGACCCUUAAAAUUCGUGAUGCACAGCAUCUUUUGUGGGAGAUUUAUACCAGCAGCAUUUUUUCUUUUGCCCAGAGUUGCAUAAUUUACGAUUAGUCAUUAUAAAUUAUUUUGAAUAAUAAAUCAUUUUUUAAUUUCUAUUAUAACAAUAUCACUCCAACAGUCAUAAAUCAAGCGAGUCCGGAGGUGCCCACGUCGCCGGAAGUCGAGCAGACCCGCGAAGCCGCCGCGCCACCGAAGUCUGGAUCUCUGGCGCCGCCGCAACCCCACGCUUCUCCUACUAACAUGCGCCACCGACCUCACCAUGGCCCAGCUCCUCCAGCUGCACGCUCGCGUCCUCACCGACCCCCUGCCACCGUCCAUUCUCGACCCCAACCUCGCCGCCGUCAAGCUCAUCUCCGCCUGCUCCGCCCUUGCCAAGCCCCAGCAUGCUACCCUCGUCUUCUCCACCCUCCCCAAUCCCAACCUCUUCGCCUGUAACGCUCUCCUUCAAGCCCUGGCUCUCCACCGCCUAUUUUCUCACGUGCGCCACUACUUCAUCCUCCUCCUCCGAUCACAGACCCUCAUCCCCGAUGAAUUCACCUUCACUUCUGUCAUCAAAGCUUGCGCUGGCCUCGCCGUGUUCUCCGAUGGCGAGCAAUGUCAUGGCCUCGUCACCAAACGAGGCUUCGAUUCCAACCUGUUCGUCAGGAAUUCGCUCGUGGACAUGUACUUCAAGUUUGGUCUCCCAAACGUCGCACGCCUCCUGUUCGACGAAAUGACUGUUAGAGACAUUGUGUCUUGGAACACUCUGGUAGCCGGUUACUGCAGCUGCGGCGAUGUACGCGCGGCGAGAGGAGUGUUCGAUCAAAUGGAGGAGAAAAACUUUGUAUCUUGGUCAACGAUGAUAGCAGGUUAUGCAAGGUCCGGGGAUUUGGUGGUUGCGCGGGAGUUGUUCGAUGGAAUGCCUGAGAGAAAUGUGGUUUGUUGGAACGCCAUGAUCGCUGGAUACUCACAGAACGAGAAGUUCUCAGAGGCGAUUGAACUUUUCAGGCAAAUGCUUCGGUUUGGCGGAGUGGCACCAAAUGAUGUCUCAUUGGUUAGUGUUCUCUCGGCUUGUGCUCACUUGGGUGCUCUAGAUCUUGGGAGAUGGAUAGAUGGGUUCAUCAAGAGAAGAGCAAUGGAACUGAGCUUGUUCGUGGGCAAUGCUCUGUCGGAUAUGUACGCAAAGUGUGGGUGUAUUGCUGAUGCCAGGCAGGUGUUUGAUAGAAUGCGCGAGAGAGAUGUGAUCUCGUGGAGUAUUUUAAUCUCUGGGCUUGCCAUGCAUGGCCAUGCUGAUGGAGCUAUAUCUGCGUUCAAUGAAAUGCUUGAACAUGAAGUAAAGCCCAAUGAUAUCACCUUCAUGGGUGUUUUAUCGGCUUGCACUCAUGCUGGUUUGGUUGAUAAGGGGCUUGAGUUUUUCCACUUGAUGAAAGAUAAGUUUGCGAUUGUACCCAAGGUCGAGCAUUAUGGCUGCGUGGUAGAUCUUCUCAGUAGAGCUGGCCGUCUUGAUGAAGCGGAGAACUUGAUCAGUUCUAUGGAGGUCACACCAAAUGUUAUAGUGUGGGGUGCUCUUCUUGGUGGAUGCCGAAUAUACAAGGACAUUGCCCGUGGUGAACGGGUGGUUAGUCAUAUUCUUGAGCUUGAUCCAGAUCACUCUGGCAGCUAUGUUUAUCUAGCAAAUGUGUAUGCAUCUCUAGGGAGAUUGGACGAUGCAGCAAGCUGCAGGUUAAAGAUGCGAGACAAUCAGGUAGUGAAAACUCCCGGUUGUAGCUGGAUCGAGGUCAAUAACAGAGUGUAUGAGUUCUUCAUGGGAGACAGGUAUCACCCAGAAUCAGAUCGGAUUUAUGCUUUUAUUAGGGAGUUGGGAAUGAAGAUGAAGCUUGCAGGGUAUGUACCAGAUACAAGUCUUGUGUCACAGAACAUAGAUGAGGAAGAGAAGGAGAAUGUGCUGUCGUUGCAUAGUGAGAAGUUGGCUGUUGCUUUUGGUAUCAUAAGCACAGAGGAGGGAGCUAUGAUUAGGGUGGUGAAGAACCUGAGAGUUUGUAACGACUGUCAUGUUGCAAUGAAGUUCAUCUCAAAAAUUGUAAGCAGGGAGAUUGUUUUGCGCGAUCGUAGCAGGUUUCAUCAUUUCAAGGAAGGCAAGUGUUCUUGCAAGGACUAUUGGUAGUGGUUAUAGAAAGUGUGUUGUCUGGUCUUCAAAAUAAAUAAAUAAAUAAAUGCAAAGUACUGAAAGAUUAUCACUGUCAUACAAAACACCAA